GGAAGAUGGCCAUGUAUAUGGACAUGAUGCUCUGACACUAGCCCUGCCCCUCCCUGCACACCAAAAUCAUCCUGCUUCCUCCUCAUGUGCGCUUGUGCGUGCACACGCCGGCAUGAUGUGAGAUUGAGGGAUCCCUUCUUCGUCUUCUUCGUCUUAUUCUUCGGCGACGUUGUUAUCGAGGCUUCGUUCUCGUGUUGCGAUAGUAGUCCUGCGGGUGGAUUACCGAAGCAGCGAUAUGGCAGGCUGGCUAUCUAUCCUCGCCACUGCAGGACUCGCAGGAUUCCUGGACACGACCACGAGCCGUAGCCGUUUGCAAGAAUCCUGCGAGUGAGAGAGAGCCCAUGGUAGUGUCGCGAGGGCCAGGCCAUGGAGGCUGAGAGCAUGAUGAAAGUGACGCCGACCCCGCACAGAUCGCUAGGCCCCCUGGUGCAAUACCGCCAAUAAUUCCCUUGUCAUGACUCAAUCGUUGACACCCACCCACCCUCUCUGCCUCUCUCUCAAUGGAUCGCCCACAGCUUCCAGCUCACGCUUAAUGGAAGUUGUCGUGCAUAAUUUCACCAGAAUUGUUGAGUGUACUUAUCCUGCUGUGUGCGUGUAGUUUCGAUUGAGCCUCGUUGGAGUGAAAAGAGCAGUGAAAGUGGGUGUAAAGUUGGUUUGGGUUGAUUGAUGUGUCAGAGAUGCGGCAGUGACCCAGGAACAUUUUUGGCAUUUUGGAGGAGGAAAUGGAGUGAUUGAGAGUGGACCUAUGCACCUCCCCCACCCCUGCUGUGAGGUGCAGUAACUAUCCAUCAGAUUGAGAUAGAAAGAAAGCCAUAGGCUGCAUCUUCCUCAUGAUGAUUGCUGCCCGUUCACGAUUGCGACCAUUAUGGCACUCGAGCUCUCUGUUGUGGGUGUCUAUGUGCAUGGGCUCUGAGUCAUCAGUCAGAACAAGGCGGGAUCCCCCACGUUGAAACCCCACUCAUCCAUUGUGCCUCGAUCCUCUGCGUGACGCUGCACCUCUCGACUUUCUUUGAUUGCCAAAAGUUCGUCAAUAGCAGGAUUUCUCACAGCACCCAAAGCAUGGCAGAGCGGGGGGAAUGUGUAGCAGUUGCUGCCUUGGAAUGAUCCGCUUCUUCUUGUAAUGAUGCAUGACUUGAUGAGGGGUGGUCACGAAUUGCUGUUGUGAGAGUUGAGGGAUUCUCAAAGAUUUUUUUACAGGUGUGCAUUGGAAAAAUUUAAUUGAAAGAGUUGCAAGACGUGUGGAGUUUUGUAUUUUCGUUUCGCUUUGUUGUGUUAUAUAUUCAUUUUUUAUUUUCUUCCGAAUAGCGUUGAUGGAAUAGGAGCGAGGGUGAUGAAGAGGAGCUGAGUUGAUAUUUGAGUUGCUCGACGUCACUUCAAAUGCUUCAUUCUGCAUACUACCAACAAUCUUCAAAACAACUUUUCUUCGCCAGUUUGUCCGCGUGAUGAUCCGACUGCGAACCUCUUCCCCACAGUGACAAGAGGAAUGGGUAUCAGAAAUCGCGCACCGUAAGUCAGUGGGUAAUUCUGGAACCUACUCUCGCAAAGGUUACCCCCUUCCGUACAUCAAGGUAGUCGCGUACGUUAACAAGGUCGUGAAGAGGAGAGCUCGUAGAUCGUCAGCUGCACCGAACUUCCAACAAAAGUUGGAAAGUACUCACGUCGGAAUUGAGAACGUUGUUGGACGUACUCUGACGAAAACUUAGAAUUUAUAACGACACGAUUGAGAGCAACACAUAGAACCGAGCGAGGCUGACGCAGAAUGUAACGUAUAUCUUGUGCGAUACAAAUACAUCUAAGCGAGAAUUUUGAAGCUGCUGCAUAUGGAGGGGUCACAAUAGGCUCCUUUCUGCUGUAGUGGGUGAGAGCCAUUCUAGGUGUUCUAGGUGUUUAGGUAAAAGAAACCACCUAGAAGAUGGACACAAUCGCCAUCGUGCAAGUGAGAAAUGGGCCACUUCACACCUUUGGGGGCGACUGGGAGCGCUCCUACCGCCCGCUGCCUGACCUAUUCUUUUGCAUCGCAGUACUAUGGAUGCUCCUUGUGGUUGUAUGGACUCUAAACACUUGGUCCAAACGGCGAUGGCAGACCAGUAGUUUGCAGUGGGUGUUGACAGCUAUUCCAGCCAUGAAGUCGCUUGUAAUGAGUCUAUCCUUUGUCUUCUGGUAUUCGUGCAUACAUUUGAAGAUCUGUUCGUUUUGGGUAGCCUUUGGAGUAUUUGUAUCAAGAAUCUUCUUUGAGACAGCGUGCUUUGUCACCUUCUUGUUAAUCUCUUACGGCUACUGUAUCAUGCAAGAGCAGCUCUCUCUGGCCCAGAGACGCAGCGCUGCCAGCCUCACUUCACUGCUAUAUCUCAUCCUCACUGGUUACAAGGCUGCAGUUCCUCAGUUUGCUGUUCUUAUUGUAUUCAUCUACGCGGGACUUCUAUAUAUUAUAAUGGCACAUAUUGCACAAAAUCUGUCGCUUUUGAGAGAGCAGCUGCAGCAAAUACAGGCUGAGGGCGUCCACAUGAUGCACAAUGCUGUUCAUACGAAGUAUAUCAUGUUCAGAAAGUUUCAAGGAGCUAUGCUGGCAAUGGUCGUUGCUGAAAUUCUUGUACGUGGAAAUUUCAAAAUGUGUUCCAAGGUGCACGCGCAAGUGGAAAGUGUAGUUAACGAGUACUGGAUGCGCCUCCUGGUGAGAGAGAUGACAGAAGUAAUUAUCUUCCUUUUCAUUGGGUGGACAUUCAGAUCAAGAGAACGGUUUCCAUUUUUUGAUGUUAUGCCAACAUCAAAUUCCGCUGUACAGCGGACCCUUGCCCCAAUAUAUAGUGUGGAAAUGAAUGAGAGGGAAUUCAGCAAAUUGGAUUACAAAGAGUGGCACAUUGGAGUGCCAACCACGGUUUCGAGAAGUGGAGAUGAGAACAGGCCCACAUUGGUUAUUGUGCAGAACCCAAGUCUAUCCGACUUCACCUUUACAGACUUCACCACCGAACCGUGCCUUAAUGGCUUUCCUAAAAUUCCAGGAAAUUUUCAACCAUUGUGGCCUAAUCCAUCUUCAUCGUCAAUAAGUGAACACGAAGGUCUGCAGCUCAGACUUAGAACCACUGGAGAACUUUCCAAAGUUGAGGAGUCUGUGCUUCGCAAAGGCAAUCACAUGGCCGAGCAUAGUCAUUGGGAGUCGAAGUCAAGGAGCAUUGACAGCAUGGUUAGCGACAGUACGGGGAACAUGGAACAGGUCUCAGUGGAUGUGAGGAGAUUCAAGAACUACGCGUUCGUUCCAUUUGAGCAUUUAUGUGGUGACUUGCGGCCUCUGCAUUCGAAUACAUAUCUAUGCAAAAGCUUGCAAUCCUCUGUACACUCUAAAUAACGCAAGCCAUCCCAAUGUUGUUACUUCUAACCUGUAUAAUCUAUUCUUGAAGCCUAAAAUGGCAAAUCCAAAGACGUACCUGGUGAUGAGAAAGCCCAACGAGUACGAACUAUUUAGAGCCCGAGCUGUCUUGCUGACAGAAAUUGUAGCUAUAGAUUUUUAUACCCAAUUAGCUUUGGGUACUACAGGUAAAUCAAGUUUCACGAUAAGAUACACAUAUGAUGCAUGACAAGUAGUGGUGAAGCGCAGCUCUAGACUUACGUUUUGAAGCUAACAAAUCCAAAAUUGGACGAUUGUAUUCCACAGAUGCGUACAAAGUAGGUGAAGAAAGCUGGUGAAGCGUCUGCAUGCGUGUGUUUAUCUUGCAUCCAAAACCAAUCGAAAUUCCAUAUACAAAUGCUUGGACGUUGAAGCAUUCAA